CGACACCAAGAGCUGCCUCCUCAACACCAAACAGAAGAACAAACAAUCUCCAAUUCACUAUGGCUGACUCUGAGCGCGAAAAGAAGGUUUUUCUUGGAAAGUUGUCCGAGCAGGCUGAGCGUUACGAUGAAAUGGUCACCUACAUGAAGGAGGUCGCCUCCAUGCCUGGAGAGCUUUCCGUGGAGGAGCGAAACCUCCUCUCCGUCGCCUACAAGAACGUUAUCGGAGCCCGUCGUGCAUCUUGGCGUAUCAUCUCCUCUAUCGAGCAGAAGGAGGAGACAAAAGCCGCCUCUUCGCCCUCCGCUAACAUCGAUAAGAUUCGCGGAUACCGUCAGACUAUCGAGAAGGAAUUGGAGGAUGUCUGCAAUGAUGUUUUGAAGGUUUUGGACGAGCACCUUGUGCCGAAGGCUGAGCAGGGUGGAAGCAAGGUCUUCUACCUUAAGAUGAAGGGUGACUACCACAGGUAUCUUGCCGAGUUUGCCAGCGGUGACAAGCGAAAGGAGGCCGCUACUCUUGCUCAUGAAGCAUACAAGGGUGCCACCGACGUUGCUCAGACCGGCCUUCCUUCCACACACCCAAUCCGCCUCGGUCUCGCCUUGAACUUCUCCGUCUUUUACUACGAAAUCCUCAACUCGCCCGACCGUGCCUGCCAUCUCGCCAAGCAGGCCUUCGACGACGCGAUUGCCGAGUUGGAUGCUUUGAGCGAAGAGAGCUACCGCGACUCUACCUUGAUUUUGCAGUUGUUGAGGGAUAACUUGACCCUCUGGACGAGCGACUUGGAGACUGGAGACGAGAGUGCUGCGGCCCCUGCGCAGCAGGAGACGACCGAUGUUGUCAAGCCUGAGGCGUCGGAGACUGCCGAGACUCCGGAGAAGAUGGAUACUGAUGUCAAGACUGAGGAGCAGUAAAGGGGAGAUGGGAAGAGGGUGAGGGCGG